AGAACUCUUCUUAAUUUCCAGCUCCCUUGCAUGGUUUUGCAUUCUGGUUUGACGUGGAGUUUUAUGGGCCUGGUACUGCCAUGCAUGGUCUAAUUCCAUCAAAUCCUGAUGAUAAUCAAGUGAAUGAUGGCAGCCAGAGGAAGAAGCGUGCAAAUCCCAAUGACGCACUCGUACUGUCCACUGCACCUGAGGACCCUCCAACCCAUUGGCAACAGACCAUAGUCUAUUUCUAUGACCCAUUAGAGGUUGAACAAGACCAACUAAUUGAAGGUUCUGUUACUCUAUCACAAAGCAGAGAAAACCGUCGGUUCAUGAAUAUUCGCCUCGAAUACGUUUCUGGUGGCGGUCCUUUGUGAAAGAGUCGGUGAUGAGGUGAUUUCUAUUCUUUGCUUUAUUUCAUGAUGUGAAGUCCCCAUUAACUCUUCUCAAGGCUUAACCUUCCUGAAACGGUAACAUUCCGAAAACUGUAGGAACUAUUAUUAAACUAACAUUUAUAGAAAUUGAAGCGUCUUGAAGCCGGCUGGUUUGGUUGAUUGCAUACCAAAAGCCUAAAAGACAGUUGACUCUUGAUCGUGUUUGUGCUUUGCGAUUGCUUGAUUGGCCUUCUUCACAUUGUCAUCUCUCCUUUGGGAAAGAUAUGUAGGCUGAGAUUGAUUGAUACAACUCCAUGAAGAAUUCUUUUAUUGUAAUGUUACUCUACUUUGAGAUUACAACUAAUAGGACUUAGCCUUUUGAUUAUUAUGAUUCAAUUUUUCCGUUGUGUAAAAGUAGAACACCCAAACUAGAAGUGUGAUGGCUUCCCUCUCAUCUCUUCAUGACUCUCAAUACCUUCAUCCUUCUUGUACUAACAUUUUAAUGCCUUAAUUAUGAACUGUUAUAUGAUAGUUGAAACCAAUGAAGUAUUAAUUUGUGAACUU